GCGACGCUCACCCUGCCCGGUUCGGUGCAUCCUCACUUCGUCUCGAACCGUCAGGCACCAGGGCGCUGUGCGCGGGACUGCACCGACAAAGUGUUAUGUGUGCGUGCGUGUGUGUGUGUGCGCGUGUGAGUGUGUGAGAGGAGUGCGUCCGAGUGCGCAGGAAGAGCGGACAUCUGCCUCGGUGGAGCUUUGCUUUCGGAUUUCCGAGACGUGGAGGCAUCGUGACGACCGCCAUAGAGAAAAACACUAAACUCGAAUUUUGAGGCACUGACGCGGACAACACUGUGACAAAAUGCCGGUGCCGCCCGCGCAAAUGAAUCCAGCCACCCGCCUGGUGCAGGGGCCCGGCAAGAUCCUCCUCGAGGAGAACAGCCGCACCGCCCUCACCAUCGUCACCACAACCACGGAGGCCCGGAAGGUGCCGCAGUUCUUGGCGGCGUUCACAGCCACUCUGGGCGCCCUGUGUGCGGGAACGUACUUCUCUUGGUCGGCCUCUGUGUCCGCGGACCUCGUGCAGAAGGGCAACAACGCCACGGCCAACGCUAACGCCACGGAGGAUGACGGGCAGGCGAUGCUGUCGUUGGAGCACUUCUCGUGGGUCGUCUCCAUGCUCAUGAUCGGGGCUUGCGGCGGCAGCUUGGUGGCCGGCAUGGCGGCCAACCGGCUGGGCCGGCAGCGCACGCUGGUGCUGCUGUCCGUGCCCAUGGUGGUGUCCUGGCUGCUCAUGUCCGCCACCGCCUCCGCGACGUGCCUGCUGCUGGGCCGCGCGCUGGGCGGCAUAUCCAUCGGCGCCGUGUCCGUGGUGGCCGGCAUGUACGUGUCCGAGGUGGCCGAGCCGUCGGUGCGCGGCACGCUGGGCGCCUUCUUCCAGCUCCAGAUCACGGUCGGCAUGCUGCUGGGCUUCGUGCUCGGCCUGCUGCGCAACCCCGUGCACCUGGCCUACGUCAACAUCGCCCUGCCCGUCGUGUACGCCGCCCUGUUCUGGUCCAUGCCCGAGUCCCCCGUGUUCCUGCUGAGCCGCGGGCUGUCCGAGCGCGCACGCGCCUCCCUGCAGUGGCUGCGCGGCCCGGAGUACGACGUCAGCGAGGAGAUGGCCGCCAUGAGGCACUCCAUCAUGGAGUCGGCCCAGACCAAGUCCGGCGUCAGGGACUUGUUCAAGUCCCGCGUGGCCAUCAAGGGCAUGGUGGUGGCCCUGGGGCUCAUGGCCGCCCAGCAGCUGUCCGGCGUCAACGCCGUCAUCGCCUACGCGUCCGACAUCUUCAAGGCCUCGGGCUCGUCGAUGGACCCGGACCAGUGCAACAUCAUCAUGGGCGUGGUGCAGGUGGCGUCCACGUUCCUGUCCAUGGUGCUGGCCGACCGCGCCGGCCGGCGCGUGCUGCUGCUGCUGUCCAGCGGCGUGAUGACGAUCUGCUUGGCCACGCUGGGCACCUACUUCCACCUGGCCAAUGUCCACCCCGACGGCAUGCAGGUCAUCACCUGGCUGCCGCUCGUGGCCGUGGCUGUGUUCAUCACCGCCUUCUCGCUCGGCCUCGGCCCGCUGCCCUGGUGCGUCGUCAGCGAGGUUUUCUCGCCCAGCGUCAAGGGGGCGGCGGCGUCCGUGGCCUGCGGGGCCAACUGGCUCAUGGCCUUCUUCGUCACCAAGUUCUUCACGAACUUGGCGUCCGCCUUCGGCAAGAGCGGCACUUUCUUCGUGUUCACCUUCAUCGCCGCCGUCGGCACCUUGUUCAUCGCCCUGGUGGUGCCCGAGACCAAGGGCAAGACCCUGGACGAGAUCCUGGCCGAGCUGACGGGGUCCAGGGUCCGCUCCAGGCCCGCGGACGGCGUCCCCGCCGCCAUCGAGGAGGAAGAGGAGGCGGACUUCGUUCGGAAACCGUUCCCUCUGUGAGGCAUCCCAGCACGGAGCAUCCAACUAAGCCCGAUUUAUCAUACUACCCACCAUCGGGCUUCAAAAGCCGUGAACUGACAUUUUCAUACUUGCCCGCGCCGAGGCGGGGGAAGUCUGAGCGACCGACCACGGCCAGCGCAUCGCGCAUCGCAAUCGCCAUUCGGACCCGGGGCCCGAUGGGUUGCCUACCCGGCACGGCUAUCGGCCUAUUGGCACUGCCGUUGUAGGCCCUUGGCCGACGGCAGCGAGUCAACGUGUAUUUUUCAUCAUCACCUAUCUCGAUAAUGACUUACCAGCCUAGCUAAAAGUGUAAGCCUGGACGGUUAAGGACAUUGAAGCCACAGUACGGUCGCUCAACGAGAUGGACCAAAGUCAUUAUGUACAAAGACUAUUUAUACUCAUCGUAAUUUUAAGAUUAUAGGUUUGAAUUAGUAAUUAUAUCUCAGUAGGACGCUUUUGAAUAGUAAAUUGAACUGACUAGGAUCAUGACUUGUGUAAGCGAUUUUUAACCUUGAAUUGUGUGUAUUGUUGUUACUGAAAAGUAGCUCAAGGCGAGGCCUCAUGUGUCGAGCCUGCGAAGAGGUGGGUGUAAAAGUAGCUUCCCUGUGACGUGCCAAAAGGGUGGUCUAUCUUCCCGGCGCGGUGUAACCCGUGUAACAUUAGCGACAAAAAAUGACUUUUCCCGUGACGCUUGCUGAGUUCUGGUGCGGUGAAGAGGCUGCGUACGAUGGGUUGCCCACCUUUCUGGCGCAUGCUCCAACUCUACAACGAUUCCAGUUUUCUUCUAGAAAAAGACUGUUUAGGUUUGAAAUAGUCUUCGAAAUUGUGUCAGGAGUCAUUGGGGCGUGCUCCAGCACAACAUACUGGAAGCCAUGCACUUGGCCAGCUCCUUUUGACACACGAUCAAAUGAUAGCAAUUUAUUUUAUUUUCCAUCUGACUUUAUUUAGUUUAUAUUUUAUGCAAAAAUAAAAUACAUUGUUAAAGAAA